ACACACAUUUUACGGUUUAUUUUUAGACAUCUGUCGAAGGUUCAGUUUUAGUAAUUUAUGUUUUUAAUUUUGCGGUUUCAUUAGUUGAAAAGUUGCUGUACGUUACAAGUGCGCUUGAAAAUGAAUUUUUUGGGAAAGAUCGAUUGGUUUGGGCGACGUAGAAAUAUGACCAGAUAUACAAAUGCGGAUUUUGGAGACGACGAUAGUGUAAAUAGUGUUCAAUUAACAGAAGGAAUCAGUACAAGUGCCACACACAUAAGAUACCAUCCAGGUGCCAAACUAUGGGAAGUGAGAUCCACCCUAGAACGUAUCCUAUUAUUUUUAGCAGCUUUUCUAUUUAUGGUCGUCAUAGUACUUUCAAUUGUAGUCAAUGUAGUUGAAUAUCAUUUACAAAUAGCCAAGCAAAAAGAAGCCAAAUUCGAAUCGCAACUGCCAUGCCUCAAUAAAUCCUGCGUCCACAUAGCCAGCAAUAUUUUGGAAUCGAUGGAUUUUUCCGUGGACCCGUGCGAAGACUUCUACUCAUAUUCGUGUAAAGGUUGGGUGAACGCCAAUCCAGUGCCGGAAGGCAAAAGCAAUUGGGGGACGUUUAUGAAACUGGAGCAGGAAAACUAUUUGAUUAUCAAACACGUUUUGGAACAACCGAUUGCUAGUUUCAAGUCGAAAGCGGAGGAAAAAGCUAAAAUGUAUUAUGAGUCUUGUUUGGAUACGAACAAUACUGUCGAAACUCUUGGUGCCAAACCUAUGAUUGAUCUUAUAGCGAAACUUGGAGGAUGGAAUGUGACUACGCCUGGAUUUAGUAUUAAAAAUUGGACUCUACAAAACACCCUCCAAAUAAUACAAAACAAAUAUAGUAUAAGUGCGCUAUUUUCCUACGGCGUUGGAGAAGACGAUAGAAAUUCUACUAGACACAUUUUGCAAUUGGACCAAAGCGGUUUAGCUUUGCCUACUAGAGAUAAUUAUUUGAAUAAAACAGCUGAUCAUUUGAAGGUUCUCAAGGCUUAUUUGACUUACAUGACCAAAAUAGGAGUUCUUCUUGGAGGUGAAGAAAACUCAACAAGAAUGCAAAUGCAAGCUGUUAUAGACUUUGAAACGAGAUUAGCCAACAUCACUACGCCAAGUGAUCAGAGAAGAGAUGAAGAAUCAUUAUACCAUCUAAUGUCUUUAGCUGAAUUACAAGAAAAAUCCCACUUUAUAGACUGGAGAGCGUUUUUCGAAAAUGCAAUGAAAGUCGCCCAGAAGAAAGUGAGUGCGAAACAACAAAUUGUUGUCUAUGCCCCUGAAUAUAUGGGAAAUUUAACCAAGUUGAUUAGAGAAUACGAAAAUACUACUGAAGGAAAAAUUAUUCUCAAUAAUUAUUUAGUAUGGCAAACAGUUAAAGUAUUUGCCGUGUGUUUGUCUAAACCCUUUAGGGAUGCUUAUAAAGGAGUGAGAACGGCCCUCAUAGGAUCUGACGGUUCCGAUGAACCACAAUGGAGGUAUUGUAUUCAAGAUACAAAUAACGUGUUAGGUUUUGCUCUUGGUGCAAUUUUCGUUAGAGAAGUGUUCGAUCACAAAUCAAAAGAACAAUCUGAAAUUAUGAUCAAUAACGUAAGGAAUGCUUUCAAGAAGAAUUUCAAUAAUUUAAAAUGGAUGGACGAGCAAACUAGAAAAUUGGCUAUUGAGAAAGCCGAUGCAAUAUCGGACAUGAUUGGCUAUCCAGAAUUUAUUAAAGAUGUUGACCAUUUAGACGAAAAAUUUGAAAAUUUAACUUUGAGGCCUGAUGCUUACUUCGAGAACAAUGUGAACAUUAAUUUUUAUAAUUUGAGGAAGAAUUUGGAGAAGAUUAAUGAACCAGUUAAUAAAACUACUUGGAGUAUGGUUCCAUCGACAGUAAACGCCUACUACACCCCGACCAAAAACCAAAUGGUAUUUCCAGCUGGUAUUCUACAAAGUCCAUUCUACGACUCUUCGUUUCCCGAUUCUUUGAAUUAUGGCGCUAUGGGUGUCGUGAUGGGACACGAACUGACCCAUGGUUUUGACGAUCAGGGCAGACAAUACGACAAAAGUGGAAAUUUGAAUCAUUGGUGGAACAAUAAGACUGUGGAUCGGUUUAAGCAGAGGACGAAGUGUGUUGUUGAUCAAUAUAACCAAUAUGAAAUUGAGGGAGCUAAAGUCAAUGGAAAUCAAACUUUGGGUGAAAAUAUCGCUGACAAUGGAGGCUUGAAGGCAGCUUACCAUGCUUAUUUGGAGCUUAUGAAUGAGCAACCUGAACCAAAGCCUCUUCCUGGGAUACCUUUAAAUCAUAAACAAUUGUUUUUUGUUGCUUUUGCUCAGGUUUGGUGUUCAACAACCACAAAAGAAGCGACAAACCUACAAAUCGAAAAGGAUUCUCACUCGCCCUCACCUUUCCGAGUGAUGGGAGCUGUGAGUAACCUGAGAGAGUUCAGUGACGAGUUCCAUUGCAAACCUGGUUCGAAAAUGAAUCCCAUUAAAAAAUGUGAAGUGUGGUAAUGGUAUGGAGGUGAGCUCAUAAGGAAAUGUCCUGAGAAAUGCCAAAAGAAUAAUAUGUUGAAAUAAUUUGCCGCUGGUUCGGUUAAAAAUUUGUUAAGUUUUGGAAUAAGGAAGGCUUAAUUAUUUUGGUCUUUGAUUUGCAGGCAAUAUAUGCAGAUAGUUUUUUUUUUAAUUUAGAAAAGGAAUAUUCAUAUCAAAAUGCGUGUUACCUUUUUUUCAUAAUCUACUACUGCCUAACACCUUGUAUGAGUAUUGAUGUAACCAUAGAUUUAUUCCUAAAGAGAGUAUUUUAUUCCAUAAUAUGUAUUGUAAAAAUAAGAGAUGUUACGGAUAGAAAAAAAUCUGUAUAAUGGAUAUCCAGUUUCCUUUCAAAAGUACAUACUUAUUCCAAAUAAAAAUUAAUCGGAUUUUACACACCUAGCACAUAAACAGACUACCAAAACCUCAGCUUAAAAUCCGUGACAUCUCUACAAAAUGUCUGUAAAUAAAUUUGGAAAGUGUAAUUAUUAAAAAAGAAUAUGGCCGUGAACGGUGCAAUGCUUAAUUAUUGUGUAUGCUCUUAUGUAAAAAAAUAUUUGCUACCUACUGAAAAUGGGGAAUUCAGUAUGCUCAAUAAAGAUAAACUCUCAUCAGGAGUAUUCGGUAAGUUUGUAAUUAUUCCAGAAAUAAUAGGUACCUACGUAGGCACCCUUUCUUAAAAAUUCGAAUAUUGAUCUAAAUUAUUUUAAUACAUUUCUAUUUACGUUAUUAUAAAGGAAAAUAAACUUUUACAAUAUAAAUGUCGGAUGAGAUGUUUACAGACGAGGCGACAAAUGAACCGAGUCCGUAAUUUGGAAACGAAUACAGGUACCUACUAUAAAAGUUUUCCCAGACAAAUAAUGUACUUAUGUACAUAAGGUACAUUUUUUAACAAUAGAUAAUAUUCCCCAUUUGUAUAAAAAUAUGUGUUAGAUUCGGUAAACAAAAGAAAUUAUGGCAACAAUGAGGCAGAAAUUAUUAAUGUUUAAUAGAAUUCAUGAAAUUAUUAUAUUUUUAUUUUUACAUUUUUAUAUGUUUCACAUGAGGUUAGAACGGGUACAAUUGUAGGAUAGUUUACAUUAUAAUAGCUUUAGAAAUUCCAAAAAAAAUUAUUCCCUAGGUAUUCUGUACAUGAUAUAAAACUUCUAUUUUUUUGUUCCUAAAAUAAAAUGUCAUUCAAAGGAGCAAGGAUUAAUUAUUGCAUUCCUUGUACAUAUUUAUUAGUUCUUGCUUGCAUAUUCUAUAAAUAUAAAAAAAAUAUUAUAUUAGGUUCAUUAAGGAUCUACUUACCUAAUCUAAUUUAUAGAAUAAGUAAUUUGUAUCAAGAAAAAACUAUUCGUAGGUACCCAAUUAUAGUUAUAUGUAUUUAGCCUAAUAAUUAUAAAUAAUAUCUGAUAGAUGAUGAAUUUAUUCUAUAUUGCCUUAACUUAUUGUAUGUAUUUUGGAGUUCAAUUAAUUUUAGUUAGUUCAAUUAUUACUUGUUAUAUGUCUAUUUUUUUUGUGCCCUAAAUACCCCCCAUUCCGCCAUUCCCAUAUCAGUAUGUACCACACCGAAACAAAAUUUUAUGUGUAGAUUUUUACUGUGAUAAUAUAGUGUAUAUGUACAUAAAUAUUGUGAAUUUGUUUUAUUUGUAAUUGAGAUAAUGUAGCUGUUCGCCCAAGUAGGUACUGUUAAGUUCUAUCAUUAAGGGAGAAGAAACAAGUCUAUUGGCAUUAAUUUAUUCCGUUGUAACGUUUAUUUUAGUUAUUUACAUUACAAGUGCGUUUAUGAACAUGAUUACAAUAACGAGUGUGAAAGAUUAGAACGACGAGGUCGUAGACCGAGUCGUUUUAAUCACACGAGUUUUGUAGUCAUGUUCAAACGCACGUGUGUUGUACAGCGUUUUAUCUACAAAGCGAAAAAAUAAGAAUGCUUUUCCAAUUAUUUUUGUUUAUUAGUAGUUGUCUACCUUCAUUUUACCUCUACAGGUUUAACUUUGACAUUUGUCAAAUCACGAAAAAUAGUUGUGUUAUGGAUUCAUAACCUAGUCCUUAACAUCACUAGUUGUGUUAUGAAUUCAUAACCUAGUCUCCAACACCACUAGUUGUGUUAUGAGUCUCAUGACAUAACUCAAAUACUAGAAAAAUGGUUAUAUAAAAACGUCAUAACCAAACACUUGUAGAUAGAACAACUUAUUACACAUCAAAACGUAACCUAUUAGUACUAAAACCCGAUUAACAAUAAUAGACCGAUAUCCUAUUACCUGGACUGCGCGCGUCGCUUGUAGGCUGCAGGUGAGUGUCCAAUGAGAAGCAAGUUCGUAACAGUAGGCUUGCGUCAUAUUCUUAUUCAGAGACCAGUUCAGAAUGAAUCGUUCUUUCUUUCUUUGUAACAUGUAAUUCGACAAAGGGCAAGCUAAUACUUGACAUAUUACUUGAACUCACCGCAGUGUCGAUUAAAUUUAUGUUAGAUUAUACUUGACAUAUUCCUUUGCAAUUUCAUUGUGCGAUGUUGCCAGAUGAAACAUUUAUCAAAAUGAAAGUGGAAACUAUGUUAACAUACACUUUUUAAGAUAUUCUUUUGUCUGAUUUAAGGCGUUGUAAAACACUUGACACUAUAUCUCUUCUUUAAUGUUAUAAUGUUCGAUUUGUAUUGUCUACAUUUGUUCUGCAACAAUACAAUCUGGCUACACUGCACCUACGAGUUGCGCGCGCAUGUCAUCUUUUAUUACUUUCUAACUUGUAUUUAUUACAAUUAAGCUCUCUUUUUCUAUUCAUGCGAGACAGGUCUAUUAUGUAGGCCUCGAUUGACAUUAAAACUGAAGGUAAAAAGUUCCGAUUGACAUUAAAAUUGAAGGUAAAAAGUCCAGAUUGAUAAUCUUGUUCAGAGGAAAGAGCUAGAAAAUAAAGUAUGAUAUGGAAACAAAAUAACUAUGCUAAGUAAGCGGAAUGCUGAAUAAGCGUGGUAGCUUCAUUGCAGGUCAGUGGUGCGACAGUAGCAGCAAAGCAGUGGCGUAACAUAUAACAUAACACAGUUUUCAAAUCGCAGAUUGAUUGUUUGUCCCUUGGUCACAAACAGUUGCAACAACGUUAAAUCCAAUUUUGUGGCAUUCUGUAACCACUAGUUUAAUUAUUCUUAUUAAAUCCAUCCAUUUGAAUUAUGGAAGUGAGGUUAUGAGUUAUUGUUUACUGUUUAGUAUAAAAGAGAAAAAUUCAGUUUAAAUUUGGUUUGUUUGUUACUUUCGGGCGCUUUAACGUUAACAUAGAACAUAUAGAGCAGAG